AUGAGCACAUCCCACCGCAAGAACCGUGAACUGAGAGACGUCGAGAAGCGUGAAGCUGCCACUGCGCUACAAGACUGCCUAUCCAAGGGCAAACUACCGCACGGCACCAGCAAGGCGGCGGUCGAGCGCUUUCAACUCUACCGUAGCACAGUCUGCCAAUUUUGGAGCCGCUAUAAGGAUGGGAUAACAAAGAAUCUCAAAGUUGGUCGCGUUGGCCCCAAGAAGCACUACACCAAGGAGGAAAUCGUCGCACUGAUUCGAGCCGUUCCACGAAACCAGCGCUACACUAUCAGAGAGCACUCACAAGCAACUGGCAUGUCAACAAUCACACUCAGCCGCGCUCUCAAGAAUGGUGAUUUUCAACGUCGCUUAUCUCGACUGAAACCGCUUCUCACCAACGCCAACAAGCACGAACGCCUAGCCUACUGCGGUGCUCUUGUCGUCCUGACCCACGACGCCAUCAACGCUUUCCGCGGUGUAGCCCAAGAAGAACCGUCAAGUUCCGGCGAAGCCGGAUUCUUGUAG